UCGAAGUGGUGGUCGAUACUGGCCAUUUCCCAUGUCAAAAUCGGCUCCACGCUCGCCCCAGGGAAUAAAUCGGCCGAGAGGACCAUGGACGCCUCCAACGCCCUGCUGAAGAGGCUGUGCUCGCACGUGACGGGGAUCAGCGACGAUCGUGUAACUUCACAUUUCCAACUUGCCGUAAAUUUGCUAAAUGAAGGCUGGUCUGGAGCUGCUGCCAAAGAUCACAAUGUUGUUGCUGAUAAGAUCCGCCGUCGUUUGGUACGGGAGAAAAGGCUGGAGGAUGCCGCUCGUUUCUCCGGGUUGAUAAACAAACUAAUGAAAUCAGAAGUGCCACGAAACAAAGCAAGCAUUCUCUCCUUUUUCCUUGCUUUGAGUCAAGAUAAUACCUCGCUUUCCAGCACAAGAAUACUAACAUUAUCAAAUGCACAAUCACCAGUUCAUGAGAAUGGCUUGACUAACGGCCAUCAGACCGAAGAGGCUUUCCCUAUCCCCAAGUUGUUCCAUAAUGUGGAUGCGUGUCUCUCACCUACUGCCCCCUCUGGAGCCAGAGUUCCACCUGGAGUGAAUUCUCUGCCGAGUCUAAAUGUUCAGUCUACCAGACAUGGAGGCGCAGAUAUUACUUCAGGCAGCAGCAGAGUGUCUCGCCUUGCUGCAAUGUAUAAAGGAGCUGCCACUGCCAAUCCCGACUCCCCAUUUGCUGAGCUUCAGCAACAGGCUCCCGCUGAUAGAUUACAGUUUGCACAAAAUAGCCAUAAGCAGUCCACAAAAAGCACAAAGGAAGAAUUGAUAGAAGUGACAGAGAAGGUGCUCAUCAGGGAAGUCCUUUUCAUUUUCCAGGGUAUUGAAGGGAAGAUCAUUAAGAUGGAUGUCAACAAGGAUGGCUUUAGGUUAGAUCCAAAGGUGCGGUUGUCACUCAGCCAGAAGGAACUGAUUAUGAAGCUGACAGAAGUUGGUUGGUUAUAUAAUCAAGUCAAAAACUUCUGUGAGUGGGGUGGAAGAGGAACAGGAAGCGAGCGUACGACUGACAGAACAGCUGCAGGAUUAGUGAACCAGUCGUUAGUAAUGGCAUUAAGAGAGGAACUGAAUGAGUAUUGCAGACUGAUUGCAGUACUGGAGGCCCAGAUUCAAGAAGGUGGAGACACUCCAAUGGGAGAGCCAAUGGGGGGCCUCACGCUGCGGCGCUUGGUCCUCUGGACACUGGAGCCCCGCACUCACCUGAAGGCCCUGGCACUGCUCACUCAUGCGGCACGGGAAGUGUACGGAGGUGCCUGUGUUUCUGCCAUAUAUCAGCACAUGCACCAUGGAGAUCCAGGACACAGAACAGUUGUCCGUCACGUCCUGAACAUGGCCUGCACACCUCUGUAUGUUAUGCUCACUCAGUGGCUCUUAGAUGGCACACUGGAGGAUCCUCACCACGAGUUCUUCAUUGCUUCAGAUCACACAGUUUCUGAUGACAAACUGUGGCAGGACAAGUAUUCAAUAAGGUGGUGCAUGUUGCCAUCUUUCAUUAGCAAGAGUCAGGCUCAGAAGGUACUUGCAUCCGGUAAAUCUCUCAAUUUCCUUCGUAAUGUCUGUCAUUUCCGUGCUCCGAUAGCAGGGCGUGAUGCUAUCAAGUCUGCUCUUCAACAAACAACUGUUGAAUCAUUGUUUACUCAAGAUGAAAACAGUCAGCUUGACAAUCUAGUUAGUCUGACAUUCAGAGAAACUUCUCGCCAUGUCCUAGAAGAGAUCCUUACACGACACAAACUGAUGGACCAUCUUCGUGCUCUACGUCGGUACCUCCUCCUUGGCCAGGGGGAUUUCAUACACUACCUUAUGCAGGUUCUUACACCAGAGUUGGGUGGACCAGCCACUUACCUGUACCCACAUAAUCUGUCUUCCCUCUUGGAGACUGCAGUGGCUGCCAGUAAUGCUCAGUAUGAGGAACCAGACAUCCUCGAACGUCUAGAUGUCAGAUUGCUCGAAAUCUCUCCCGGUGACCUUGGAUGGGAUGUGUUCAGUUUGGACUAUCAUGUAGAUGGACCAAUUGGAACGGUGCUGACUGCUGAUUGUAUGAGACAGUACUUGAUGCUGUUCAAUGCACUCUGGAAAGACAAAAGGAUGGAGAUGAUCCUGUCUGACAUUUGGAAAGAGCAGGCAGCUACUUCAAAGCUCUGCCGAGAUUUACCCGAAUUGGGUGUUGUGCUUCAUGGAGUCCAGCUCCUAACAACAGAGAUGGUCCAUCUAGUCCACCAAAUGCAGUACUACAUGACCUUUGAGGUUCUUGAGUGCUCUUGGCAUGGCCUAAUGACUAACCUCAAGUCAGCACAGAGUCUCGAUGAUGUUAUUGCAGCCCAUAAUGAGUUCCUCAAGAGAAUUGUAGCCGGAGCACUUCUCGACAGCAAAUCAAAGCAAGUAAGAACUCACCUCAGAACCUUUUACAAUUUGAUCCAAAACCUGCGAGGGCUGCAAGAGAGGCUGUCCCUGGCUGUAUCAGCAGAGGUGAAUGCUAGAAAGAAUGCCGAAGCCGAAAUCAAGGCCAAGACAGAAGCAGGUGAAUUUGGUACAACAGCAGAGCAGCAGGAUGUCGAGAAGCGAAGGAGGAAAGAAUUCUUAACCAAAGUUGUACCAAAAUUAAAGUCAGACUUGAGGAUUAACACACAGACUUAUCAGGAUAUGGUCCAGUCCUUCUUGCUGAUGCUGUCUCAACAUGAUGACCAGAAUCUCCACUUGCUGUGCACCCGCUUGGACUUCAAUGAAUAUUAUCACCGACGCGAUCACCGUCUCAAUCAACGACUGACCUAUCACCACAAGCGGAAAAGCAUGGGCACUUCUUUCUGCCAGUGAAGAUGAUGCCUUUGGAAACAUAUUAUUGUUGUGAAACCGAAUAUUUUUAUAAGGCUAUAAGCGCUUGCUUGCGAAAGAGAGCUGGAGAACGGCAGACCUGGAUCACGAGGGUCAUUGAAGUUAGGAUGCCUGUCUCAUCUGUGAUUGUAAAUGUUGCAGCUUUCUUUUCUCCUUUUUUUGUGCUUAGGGAGUGUCUUGUAAGAUAGGAAAUAGCUUUCAGUUUUUGAGGGUUCAACUUUACUAGUGGCCGUAUAUCACAUUUUCAAGUGAAGAGAGAAAUAGUGGUUAGGAGAGAUAGCAUUUUUAUUAGCUCUCUUUCUCAGUAUUUUUUAGCUCAACAUUUGUAUCAUCUCACUAGAACAAGUUUAUGCAAUAUUUUAAUAUUCUUGUAUUACGUAUGAUGAAAAUAUACCUUAGUAAAUCAGCCACAACAGGCGGACACAUAUUUACAACAGUGGUGCACUUCUUCGAUUUUUAACAUCUUUAUUAUAUCACAUUCCUGUCUUUAAUAUUGUUAGUAAUGGAGCGGAUGGCAUGCAAUUGUGAAAGACAGGAUAACUGUUGGAUGUUUGAGUUGUGGGAUGUGUUCGGAAACGGUGAAGCUGAAUGACUGUUACGUGUCUGUUUUUUACAAGAGAACGUCCGGAAAUAGUUUUUAUUUAUAUAAAUUGUCCUGUGGAUGCCCAGUGAUGUAUAUUUGUAUGUUCAGAUAACACUGUGAACUAACCUGCCAUAUGUAUGAUUGGAUGUGUUUGUCAAAUACCUCAGCGUGAGAUUUCAGUGUGACUUGCCAACUAGAAAUGAGACAACAGUGACAUGUACAGACUGUGUUAACUGCUGCAGAACAAAUACAAUUUGUUUAUAAUAUAAUA